AUAAAAGAAAUGUAUCAGCGGAGCCACAGAUCGAAAGGACACGCGUGACGAACAACAUGAAUGUCGUUCAUAGAACCGGACGUUGUUGAGUUGAGGUAAUGUCGUGUGGACGUGAACGAACACUUUCAUUUAAAAAUCCAAACACCAUUGAAUGUUCAGGUUUGAUUUCGCCGUCCCCUUCCGUCUAUCAUUUUUUUCUUUACCUUCAGGUUAGUUAAUUCCUAACUUCAUCUUGUCUCAUUUGUUAGAGUUUUAGACAAUAUAUAUUAAUUUUGCAAAUGUGUUGUGAUGCUAGCUAGGCUUUAUCGAAUUUAUCAUGAGAUUGUUGUUUUGUUCAAGAUAACUGAAUCUAUUUGAUUACAUGUUUGAGUUGUAUCCAUAGUUCCAGGCUAUGAUCUGUUUGUGGUCGAUAUAUUUUGAAAAUUAAAAUUGUUUCAUCUUUACACACCUCUCACUGUUCUGAGAUGAAAUAGAUGCUUUGUGCAGUUUUUUUUGAAAGAUAAUGGCAGACACCGAGGACAUUCAACCACUCGUCUGCGAUAAUGGGACAGGAAUGGUUAAGGCUGGUUUUGCUGGAGAUGAUGCUCCAAGGGCAGUGUUUCCUAGCAUUGUUGGUCGGCCACGUCACACCGGUGUGAUGGUUGGGAUGGGGCAAAAGGAUGCAUAUGUUGGGGAUGAGGCUCAGUCCAAGCGUGGUAUACUAACUCUUAAAUAUCCCAUUGAGCAUGGUAUUGUGAGUAACUGGGAUGACAUGGAGAAGAUCUGGCAUCACACUUUCUACAAUGAACUCCGUGUGGCACCAGAGGAGCAUCCCGUUCUCCUCACUGAAGCACCUCUCAACCCAAAGGCUAAUCGUGAGAAAAUGACCCAAAUUAUGUUUGAGACCUUCAACACACCUGCUAUGUAUGUUGCCAUCCAGGCUGUUCUAUCCCUCUAUGCUAGUGGCCGUACUACUGGUAUUGUUCUGGACUCUGGAGAUGGUGUCAGCCACACUGUUCCCAUUUAUGAAGGGUAUGCCCUCCCUCAUGCCAUCCUCCGUCUUGACUUAGCAGGGCGUGACCUCACUGAUGCCCUGAUGAAAAUCCUUACUGAGCGUGGUUAUUCCUUCACUACCACAGCCGAGAGAGAAAUUGUAAGGGAUAUGAAGGAAAAGCUGGCCUAUAUUGCCCUUGAUUAUGAGCAAGAACUUGAAACUUCAAAAACUAGUUCUUCUGUUGAGAAGAGUUAUGAGCUACCUGAUGGACAGGUCAUCACCAUUGGUGCUGAGCGUUUCCGUUGUCCCGAAGUCCUCUUCCAGCCAUCCAUGAUUGGCAUGGAAGCUGUUGGCAUUCAUGAGACCACAUACAAUUCAAUUAUGAAGUGUGAUGUUGAUAUCAGGAAGGACUUGUAUGGAAACAUAGUUCUCAGUGGUGGUUCUACUAUGUUCCCAGGUAUUGCUGAUAGAAUGAGCAAGGAAAUCACUGCUUUGGCCCCAAGCAGCAUGAAGAUCAAGGUGGUUGCUCCACCUGAGAGAAAGUACAGUGUCUGGAUUGGUGGCUCUAUCUUGGCUUCUCUCAGCACUUUCCAACAGAUGUGGAUUGCGAAGGCAGAGUAUGAUGAGUCUGGUCCUUCAAUUGUACACAGGAAAUGCUUUUAAAUGCAGCAGAAUGGCUUGGUGUAGGUACAGCGUCCUCGUUUUGCAAUACAGUAGCACCUUGCACCGAUUGAAGAUUUUUCUUAAAAAAUGUUUGUGUUAUUAGAACAGUGAACUGAGAUAAAGUGGAGUUUGAUGGCAGAAUUAAUUCUUUCAUUUGUUUUGUUUUACCAUUGUAAUUGUUCAGCAGUUGAUCUUUAAUGAUAAAUGAAAACCGUUUCAGCUUA